AGAGGAUGCGCUUGGAUUUAUAUCCUUCAGCUCCUCGCGCUUGUUGUCAUUGCAGCUGCGGCUAUUCCGGGGGCCCCCGUGGAAGUAACCAACGACGAGGCCGUUUCUGCCUGCCUGCCUGCCUGUCUUUUGCAACCGGGUCUCGGCGCCUUAGCUCUUCCCGAGCGCCCAGCCUCGCCCCGUUAUGUCCGGCCGAGGUAAAUCCGGAGGUAAAGCCAGAGCCAAAGCCAAGUCUCGCUCCUCUCGUGCCGGCCUCCAGUUCCCCGUCGGGCGAGUGCAUCGGCUGCUGCGGAAGGGCAACUACGCGGAGCGUGUGGGCGCCGGAGCGCCUGUUUAUUUAGCUGCCGUGCUCGAGUAUCUCUCGGCUGAGAUCCUGGAACUGGCCGGCAACGCUGCGCGGGACAACAAAAAGACCAGGAUCAUCCCUCGGCACCUGCAGCUGGCCAUUCGCAACGACGAGGAGCUCAACAAGCUGCUGGGCGGGGUGACUAUCGCCCAGGGUGGGGUUCUGCCCAAUAUCCAGGCCGUGCUGCUGCCCAAGAAGACCCAGAGCUCCAAGAAAUGAAGCCGGUUGCCUGGCUAAAGGAAAGCGCUCGCCCGUUUAUUUCCUUGCGCCCCACCCACAGGAUCUGGUGCAGCGGCCACCGGGCAUUUUCUCCUCCUUUCCUUCCUUCCGCGUCACUUGGUGCAGCAGCCCAGGACCGGGCAGAUGAUUUAUUUACCGCAUCGUCUGUCCUGGUGCAGCCGGCGCUGAGGUGUCCCCGCUCGCCCUUUCCGUGCUAACCUGAUCCUGGCCCUCUUGCCUGCCUGCCUCCCUCCCCCCGCCCCACGUCUCGGUGCUGCUGGUGCUACAACCGCUGGGUUCCUCAGUGCGCUUCCUCGCCUGGCCCAACGCUGAGUCCCCUGUGCUCCUUUUCAAUUCUGGAGACUUGAGGUGGAAAAGAGCGGUCGUCAUUUUUCGUGUCACCGAAAAGGGCACGUGCUUCGGGCCUGGCUGCCAUCUAGCGCCCUGCAAAUAGAUGGUUUUUUUUUUUCUCCGCCGCCCCUUUUCUCUGGGACGAUUGAGCCUAACAUCCCAUUGCCUUGAGAGCUGUAUAGCUUCAGCGAGUGGGGGGUGGGGUGGGGGGCGCAGUGGUUCCCCCCCUUUCAUUUUGCUCCCUUAAAUAGCUUUGAUUCUUCUGGAGAAGAGGAGGGGGGGAAGGAUUAGGCUUUUUUGACACUACAGUGGUCUUUGCAUUUUUAUCCUUGGAGAACUGAAAAAAAAUGGGAGUCAUGAUGAUGGGAAAGUCAUGAAAGCAGCACAGGCCAACAUUGGGAAAGCAAGAAACUGCUUAGAUAGUAGGCCUCACUAUGUGACAAUGCUGAUUUUAUAUCUCUUUCUGUACCUAAAAGGUGAGAGUAUACAGAAGGAAGGGUUGGCCAUUGCAUUGCACCAACACUCGACUUAAUCUCUAAAAACUGUGCGGUCCCAGAGCUGGAGAUGGUGAUGGAUCGUUCUCUCUGAUGUUGUUGCACAUCCCCUUUAAAUGUGAUCAUGAAUUUAUGAAUUGAAAAUGUGGGAGGGAAGGAAGUGGUCAGGAAUUUCUAAAUGUGAAAAUAACUUCUUCUUUUUUUUUUUUUGCUGAGAAAGGAAUAGCUUCAUAUGUUAAUGUUUCCCUUGUGUUUGCUUUAUGAUGAGCUAUUGUGUAGUUGUACUGGCACUCCAUUCCUGUUUCUUGAGUUUUGGUUUGUUGUGUUGUAGCAAAAUCUUAAAUGAGUAAAUAAUCUUGAUUGAGAGGCAAAGACUUUCUAAUAAUUCCUAGGAAACUGUAUGUACACAUCUUUGCUUUAAAGUUUUCCCAUCAAGCAGCUCUUGUAAUACCUAAUAUGUUCCAGAGGCAAAAGUGGAAUAGGAGUGCCACCCCAUACGGAAGAUUUUUCUCUUUCAAACAAAGGGGGUGGAGGAAAGAAUGGGACAGGAGAUGCUGUUUAUCUCUAAAUUUGAUGUGAUAUAUUCAGAUCUGAGUGUACUUAACAGUUCCAGCUUCCAGUUUAUCUGGAAACUCAUCCUAAGCAAGAGUCUUUGGAUUUAGGUCUAUUUUUGUCCAUUUGAUGUCACUGGAACAAAAAUCAAAGUAUUUUAGCAUGACUGAUUUUGUGGUUUUCAGCCUCAAUGAUAUAUGUUUGUUUUCUUGAAACAGGAAGCAGUUUUGUUGAAUUUCCUCCUUCCAUUAUCAAUUCUCUUGUAAUGUCACCUGUAACAAUUGAAGUCUAGCUUUUGUACCCUAGUUUGCACUUUAAUCUAUACACCGUGUUUUUUUGUUUGGAAUUUUGCUUCUAGUGCUUAAAAUAGAGUGCAAGUAUGGCAUCCAUCUAACUGUAAUCCUCAGUAGCUUAAUGUUUGGAGGUUGGGUUUUUAGGAAAAGAAAUAAUUUAUACAAGAGUAAAAUAUCUAGUUAGUGUUGGUGAUUUGCUAAAUAGGUGUUUGGAUAACGUAUGAGCAUGGAGGUUGGCCUAGCUUGUCCUGUAAUGCCUAGUAGCUGUGGUACAGAGCCAAAACUUGCUUGCUUAGGUGAAAAGUUUAUAGAGCCAUGUGCAUGCAGCAGUCUAGGAUAUUGAGCAAGUAGAAUUUGUAAUCAUGUAUAUGGUCAGCUGUGUAUGUGCAAUUAAGUAGCAUGUGUUCGAAUCAUCAUGUGGGAUGUAAAUCUGUGGGUGAACUAUUGUCUUGCUCUGGAUUCAGCUAAGGAUAUCUAGACCAGUGGAGGCUGAGAUACUUUAAUAACAGAAAAAGGAAUAUGGUUUGUUCAGUCAGUUGCUGGUGACUAUACAGUCUCAUUAGUGAUACUUAAAAAACAACCUUUAGCCAUCUAUGUCUGUCUGUCUUGCCUGUUACAUUACAGACCCAGGGAAAAAAAGACCUCUUGGAUUUAAAUAGCUAUCUCAUUUUUCUGGCACUGGGCCAGGCAGGCUUUUACUUUCUGUGAGAAUGAACACUGGUUGCAUCAUAGAAGGGAAGGAAUCCUUGAAAUGCAAGGAAUGGCUGAGAACUGGAAAACAAGGGUUCCUUUAUUUGUGUUUUCUGUCUUUUAAAAAUUACUUUCAAAAUCAGUAUUUUGUGUUCUGUCAACUAUUGCUUUGUAUUAGAAAAUGCAAAAGUUGUGAAACUGGAAAGUGCAAAACAAAUAUUAAACUGAUUCAGUCUUGAGUACACAUCAAAAUUGUCUCUCAAUACGUCAUUGAUUUAUCUGCUUGGAAUUCUUUGGUUUGUGGAAAGAGAAAUGGUUAGAAAUACUGUUGGGAGAAAGGAAAGAUCAACAGCAGAAAUGUCUUGUUUGGAGUGAGUCCCUUAACUUCAUAUCCUAAGGUCUUUUUCAUUUGGGGGAGGGGGAGGGAAUGACAAAACCUGCACUCAUAAAUGCUGCCUCUUACAUAUUUGUGUGAUGUGAUACAAAUAUAAGAGUUUGCAUUAUGAUGCCAUAACACUUUGCAAUGAGGAACAAAGCACUAUACCAACAUAUUAGCUGGAAAAUUCUGUUAUUUGAAAAAUCGAAGCUGAAUUGUGUAUUGGCAUGUAAAUUUUUUGUAUCACUUUAUGUAUGUAACUGCUUUAGUUUGCAAGUAGAUAAAGUAGGGUGAUUUUCUUUUCCAUAGAUGCUAUUUACGCUUAGCUUUAUCUACUGCUGCUGAGCAUCUUGGAUAUGGUAGAAAUUUAUUCUUACUUCUCUCUCUUUUGGCUUUUACUUGCUUUAAAGAAAGCCCUUGAUUGCUUGAUUGACUUUUGAGUCCUUGAUUUACUUAGACUGGGUGUGAUGUUGAGUCUCUUACUAUAUUUCUGUAGAUGUACAACUACUUCCAUGAUCUUUCAUCAUCUGUGCAAUAAUUAUCAAUGCCAUAUCCUCAAAACAAGCUAUAUUACUAAUUUUUAUUGUAAAUCAAUAAUAUUUCUCAGGACUUUUGUAAUCAGUUAUAAUAAUGCCCUUCUACGAUUUAGAUAUAAAAGGCUUAGUCUUGUUUUUACAACUUAUCAUUAGCAGCUUUCAUGCUUCCAUGAGCCACCUCUACUGAUGGGUCACUGUUGAUUUUUUCUCUAUUACCGGUAUGUCCCUCCAGUUGUAGUGGUUGAAACUAGUUUGUUGUUAGGAUGAGUAUUUUUCAGACUCCAAACUGGUUCUUCCCUUUGGCAAAAUAAUGGAGCAGGAUUAAAUGGGGAUGAUGGGAACAGAAUGGUUGUUAAUCAUAUGUGAUUUUGUGUGCCCAUCUAAGGUAGUCUAUUGCCCUUAAGUAGAGUGGCGAAUGCUUUUCCCUGCCAGUUGAAUGAGAGUAAGACUUAAGUUUUAAUGUAAACAGAAUGGGUGGUGGGAAUACGAGUGCUGUCAUCUUGCUAAGAGUAAACCCUAAGGAGCAAUAGGCAACUCUCUUAGGUAACUUCUUUCUGACUCUGUCUGCUACCAUUUUCCCCUCUGGUAAAUAUGUACCAUGGUAUUCUGCAAAUUAUGCAAUGGUGUCCCCUUUCCCCUUUGUGAUGCUUUCUAUCUUUCUCCCCAGAGUGCAAAAAUAACAGGACUUAAUAACCUUUGUGCCAAUCCUGAACCCCAAGUGUUAGCUAUGUAAUGAUGUAAUUUUGCAGACAGGAAAGGUUUUAAUGAAUAAUACAAAUGUAGCCAUAAAUGAAAUAAGCAGCUUAUUGAGAAAGGGAAAUAGUGUAAUUCCACACAACCCUUCUCCCAAAGAUAAUCAAUCACCUUGACUAAACUAGUUACUCCUUUCUUAAAUCAGGUGUGGAGUUUCAGUAUAGGGCUGUGAUGGCGAACCUAUGGCACGCGUGCCACAGGUGGCACACGGAGCCAUAUCUGUGGGCACGCCAGCGUUGCCCUAGCUCAGCUCCAGUGCGCAUGCACGUGCCAACCAGCUAAUUUUCAGGCCUUCCAGAUCCACCAGAAGUCAGGAAACGGACCUUUUCUGGCCUCUGGAGGGCCUCCGUGGUAACCUUUUUGCCAUCGCAUGCCAAAAGCGGGGAGAGUGCGGGGGAGGUCGCACAUGCAUGAGCAGGGAGGGCGGGCAUGGGGGGCAUUGAAUUAUGGGUGUGGGCACACAUGUGUGUGACCCCCGUGCUCCCCCCACUUUUGGCGCCCGACGGCAAAAAGGUUAGCCAUCACUGGUAUAGGGCUUCGAGCAAGGAUAAUUGAAAAGACCUGUGUAGUUUGCAGCAGCUCCUUAUUGUUUUCUUGAUCCUUUGUUUUCUUGCUUCACACUGAGCAUUUCUCCCGUUUUACAGAAUAAAGGCAGGAAGUAAAAGCCAUCCUUUUCUAGGAAAUUGCUGCUUUGCCAAAGACAAUAUGUAAUGUCCUGGGUCUUGGCCAGCACAUCCAAAAUUAUCUAAUGCCUAGUCUUGGUAUUAUAAAAGUGUGGGCUGGUUUUUAUAAAUUUUGAGAUUACAUAGUUUUGAAUUUUAUAUAUCCAGAUCCCCCCCUGCCCCCGCAGAUUCAUCAAAUGCUUUAAGAGUCACUGAGUUGCAUGUCCUUUACCAGUAUUUGUUACAUUUGAAAGGCAUGCCUUAUCCUGAGCACUUUAGUUUUUGCAUCCAGCCCUGGUUUGUACUGAAUUAGAAAGGGGCCUUAGAUGUGGGAGAGGUGGGGAAGAAUUUUUGUGUCAAUUUUGCUACAAAGUGUUUAUAGUUUUCGUUUCCUACCACCGGGACAACAAACGCCACUAAAAAGUGAUCAGAUGGAUUUGGAGGGGUGAGUAGUUAUGACCAGCAAUGGAUAUAAAAACGUUCCUGUAGGAGGGUUUCUCCGAGUUGUACCUCCCCUUGGGUACGAAAACCUUUUAAGUUAAGACUAUCACAAUAAAUCCGCCUUUCCCA